GGGGAUAAAGCUCCCUUAUUAUUCUCCUGGCUAAUAAUAUUAAAAACGCGGCGACUGAGACCUGUUUUUAGCUAAACAGACGACCUCCUGGACCACUCCGUGGCCCCAGCAGAGAGGUCAUCAGGUGACAAAGGCGGCACUCCUCACUCCGGCCUCUGCUCGCGGGCGGCGCAGGCCUAGGCGAGGCCUGAAGGGACUAGUUGGCGCGCACCAGCCGGGCGUGGUGACGUCAGGGCGGAAGCGCACGCUGCGUGAAGCGGCCCAGAAUCAGGCGGUCACGGGAAUAUCCGUCGCGCCGAGGACGCUGGUUAGUCUCGCUCCGGGUUCCGGCUGCGUUGGGCGUGCGUGCAGCUCGCUGAGACUAUGGCGUCCGGGCCUCACCCGACCGCGACCGCUGCCGCCGCCGCCUCGUCGGCCGCCCCGAGUGCGGGCGGCUCUAGCUCCGGGACGACGACCACGACGACGACUACGACGGGAGGGAUCCUGAUCGGCGACCGCCUGUACUCGGAAGUUUCGCUCACCAUCGACCACUCGCUGAUUCCGGAGGAGCGGCUCUCCCCUACCCCGUCUAUGCAGGACGGGCUCGACCUGCCCAGCGAGACCGACUUGCGCAUCCUGGGCUGCGAGCUCAUCCAAGCCGCCGGCAUUCUCCUCCGGUUGCCGCAGGUGGCGAUGGCAACGGGGCAGGUGUUGUUUCAUCGUUUUUUCUACUCCAAGUCUUUCGUCAAACACAGUUUCGAGAUUGUUGCCAUGGCUUGUAUUAAUCUUGCAUCAAAAAUUGAAGAAGCACCUAGAAGAAUAAGAGAUGUGAUUAAUGUAUUUCACCACCUACGCCAGUUAAGAGGAAAAAGGACUCCAAGCCCCCUGAUCCUUGAUCAGAACUACAUUAACACCAAAAAUCAAGUUAUCAAGGCAGAGAGAAGGGUGCUAAAGGAGUUGGGAUUUUGUGUUCAUGUCAAGCAUCCCCAUAAGAUCAUUGUUAUGUAUUUACAAGUCUUAGAAUGUGAACGUAAUCAAACCCUGGUUCAAACUGCCUGGAAUUAUAUGAAUGACAGUCUUCGAACCAAUGUAUUUGUUCGGUUCCAGCCAGAGACUAUAGCAUGUGCUUGCAUCUACCUUGCAGCUAGAGCUCUUCAGAUUCCAUUACCAACUCGUCCCCAUUGGUUUCUUCUUUUUGGUACUACAGAAGAGGAAAUCCAGGAAAUUUGCAUAGAAACGCUUAGGCUUUAUACCAGAAAAAAGCCAAACUAUGAAUUGUUGGAAAAAGAAGUAGAGAAAAGAAAAGUAGCCUUACAAGAAGCCAAAUUAAAAGCAAAGGGAUUGAAUCCCGAUGGAACUCCAGCCCUUUCAACCCUUGGUGGAUUUUCCCCAGCCUCCAAACCAUCAUCACCAAGAGAAGUGAAAGCUGAAGAGAAGUCACCAAUCUCUGUUAAUGUGAAGACAGUCAAGAAAGAACCUGAGGACAGACAACAGGCUUCCAAAAGCCCUUAUAAUGGUGUAAGAAAAGACAGCAAGAGAAGUAGAAACAGCAGGAGUGCAAGUCGAUCAAGAUCAAGAACACGAUCACGUUCUAGAUCACAUACUCCAAGAAGACAUUAUAAUAAUAGGCGGAGCCGAUCUGGAACAUACAGCUCAAGAUCAAGAAGCAGGUCCCGCAGUCACAGUGAAAGUCCAAGACGACAUCAUAAUCAUGGUUCUCCUCACCUUAAGGCCAAGCAUACAAGAGAGGAUUUAAAAAGUUCAAAUAGACAUGGUCAUAAAAGGAAAAAGUCUCGUUCUCGAUCUCAGAGCAAGUCUCGGGAUCACUCAGAUGCUGCCAAGAAACACAGGCAUGAAAGGGGACAUCAUAGGGACAGGCGUGAAAGAUCUCGCUCCUUUGAGAGGUCCCAUAAAGGCAAGCACCAUGGUGGCAGUCGCUCAGGACAUGGCAGGCACAGGCGCUGACUUUCUUCCUUUGAGCCUGCAUCAGUUCCUGGUUUUGCCUAUCUACAGUGUGAUGUAUGGACUCAUAAUCAAAACAUUAAAAGGAAAUUGAUUAGGAUUUGAUUUCUUAAAGCCCUCUAGGUCUCUAGAAACACUGAGGACAUUUUCUUUUGGAAGGAAACUAUGUGUUUUUUUUUUUUUGUUUUGGGGUUUUUUGUUUUUUUGUUUUUAAGUUUUUGUGGGUUUCUUUUUUGUUUGGGGGGUUUUUUUGGUUGUUUCUAGGGUUUUUGUUUUGUUUUUGUUUUUGUUUUGUUUUUUUUGCACAUUAAAAUGCCCUAGCAGUAUCUAAUUGAAAACCAUGGUCAGGUUCAAUUGUACUUAUAGUUGUGUAUUGUUUAUUGCUAUAAGAACUGGAGGUGAGUUCUGUAAAAAUGUAUCUUAUUUUUAUACAGAUAAAAAUUGCAGACACUGUUCUAUUUAAGUGGUUAUUUGUUUAAAUGAUGGUGAAUACUUUCUUAACACUGGUUUGUCUGCAUGUGUAAAGAUUUUUACAAGGAAAUAAAAUGCAAAUCUUGUUUUUCUAAACUGCUUCAAAUAAUCUUAUUUAAAUAAAUUAUUAAACAGAGAAAAAUUUUAAUAGUAAAGUGCCUGUACUGAUUUUCUGACAAAACCUUUUCUCCAUCAGCUAUAUAUAUAGUUCAAGGUUCUUAAAUGCAGUUCUUACCUGCAUUGAGAGCUAUUCUAAAAGUCUUUGCCUUUACAUUUGGAAAAAAACCAAUGGGAGUUGUGCAACAGUGUAAUAUUAAAUGUUCUAUUGUAGCAUUAAACCAGUCUUCAAGUUGAAACCUAUUUGCACAUAUAUAGUACUUAAAAUUUGCUUUAAGCCUCUGGUACCACUUAAGUGAGCUGUCCUCUAGAACAAAGUCAAAACUUUUAACAUAAUGGUAUAUCAGACCCAACUGUUAAACAUUAAAGGUUUUCUUUAAUUUAGACAGUGAAGAUUUUAUCUAGGCUAGGAGGAUUGAAUAAUAAAAUGAGGACCCCCGGACUUGGCUAGCUGAAAAAAGUAAAAUCUGACCCUAAAGUAAAUCAAGUUUUGUUGAAAAAGUCAGAAGUCCUAUAUCCAAAUGAAUACAUUUUUAAUAUGCAUAUUGAGUUAUUUUACCAAUAAUUUGGAAGUGAAUUUAGAAAUUUUAGAAGGCCAUAUAGGAUUUCAUUAUUUUAUAGUUAUAGUAAGUUUUGCAUUAAUUUUUUUUAACACUUGAUUAUGUGGCCACUAGACCUGGCUCUAAAUAAUUUUUUUGUUUCAAGAAAUCAAAUAUACCCACAAAGAUAUGAAGAUUUACUGCCACUAAGGAUGUUUUUAAAAAAAAUAACAGCUUCUCAAGAUGAUUCCAAAGACCAACAUUCACCAUUGGUGAGCAAUAGGGCUGAAAAAAGUAGAAA